UCGCAUUCCUUGCGUUGCGUUUGAUUUUUGAGUGCUUGUAUCUCUGCAGUUGGUCCAAAAUAUUUAUAUUUGUUUAAUUUGAAGUGCUGCAUUGUUAAUUGUUAAUGAUAUAUUAUCGCAUUUGAUUUUCCGAUAAAAUGGAAGACUUUUAGCCCUUGGGCUACAGACGAAGAUAGUAAAGACAUCAAUAAAAGGAAUACGCAAGAAAAGGCAUCAUGUUUCAGAAACAGACUUUCGGCAGUAACACUUCGGGCUUCGGCUCAUUCAAUAGCGGCGCGACGGCGUCGUCGCCGUUCGGCGGCUUCAAGCCAGCGGCCGGCGGGAGCGCGUUUGGUGCCCCGCCCGCGUUCGGUUCCGCGCCCGCCAGCACAUCUGCGCCGGGUGGCGGACUCUUCGGACAGACGAACACGACCGGCGGCCUCUUCGGUGCCUCCACGUCGGCCAACCCCACCGCGUCGUUCGGCUCCAGCGGCUUCGGCUCGUUCGGCGCCAGCACGUCCGCCGGCGGCCUGUUCGGUGCGAGCACGGCGUCCACCGGCCUGUUCGGGAACAAUCAGAACGCGAACGCGUUUGGCGCCAAACCGGCUGGUUUCGGCUUCGGAGCCACGGCGUCAGCGGCUCCAAGUACUGGUGGUCUUUUCAGUACACCGGCUUCCACCAACACUGGUGGUCUGUUCAGUAGUCAGCCGGCUGGCGGUGGUCUUUUCUCGUCUGGAGGCGCGUUCGGCCAACAGCAGGCGUCCGGCACGGCGCACGUGAAGUACCACCCGGUGGCCGGCACCGACGUCGUGGUGAAGGGCGGCAACUCGCAGACGGUGAACAUCCGCCACCACUGCAUCACCUGCAUGAAGGAAUACGAGACGAAAUCUCUAGAGGAACUCCGCCUGGAGGACUACACGGCCGGCAGGAAGGGCAGCAGCGGUGUUUUCGGAUUCCAGCAGCCAGCUGACAACACCGUCAAACCACUGUUCAACACGGGAGCAUUCGGUCAACCGGCGACUACGACCGCUCCGAGCCUGUUCGGAGGCGGCAGCUUGGCCAAUACCAGCGGUUUCGGACAGACCAGUACAUUUUCGUUCGGAAACAACGCACAGAACACCAGCACCACGGGCUUGUUUGGUGCAAAUAAACCGGCGUUUGGUGCCACACCCGCUACGGGUACGAGUCUGUUCGGCGCCACCACAACGCAAGCGCCGGCGUUCGGCACCAGCACAUCCACCUUCGGAUUCGGCUCCAACACACAGAAUCAGACCGGCGGCCUGUUUGGGGCGAAACCGGCGACCGGGGGCUUCGGAGCGCCGGCCACCAGCUCGGGCUUCGGCUCGUUCGGCAGCGGCGGCGGCCUGUUCGGGGCGAAGCCCGCGCAGACCGCGGCGCCCACCUUCGGCACCACCACGCCAGCGUUCGGCGCGAGCACGUCCGGGUUCGGCGCGGGCGCGUCCGCGUCGCUGUUCGGCGGCGGCGGCGCGUUCGGCAAGCCGCCCGCCGCGCAGCCCGCCUUCGGGUUCAACGCGCAGCCGCAGCUGGGCGCAGGUCUUGGCACGGGCUUGGGCACGUCGUUCCAAGCGAAGCCCACGACCUUCAGCACGCUGGGCACCGGCACGUCGCUGUUUUCGCAGCAAAAUAACACCUUUCAGACCGGUCUCAACACGGGUCUAGGCGGCGGAGGUCUCUUCAACAACAGCACGAGCCUAGGCGGCACGGGGCUCGGCCUGGGACAGAGCAGCAUUAAUACUAGCUUAGUGCCAAGCGGCGGCCUCGGCGCGCCGGCCGGCUCGAACGUGCACGAGCAAAUACUCACGUUGGCGGCGCGACCUUACGGGGAUUCGCCGCUUUUCAAGGACCUCUUGCCUGAUACGUCUACGACAGCCGAAGACGUGCUGAAACCGACCAAUCCGGUGGCGGUGAAGGCGGUACUCGACGGUAGUAGCGGGUACAGUGUGACGUCACCGCCGCCGCCGCCGCUGCGCGUCGUGCCGCGUGCGCUCGCGCGGGACAAGAAGUCGCUGUUCGACGGCCUCGAAGAAUCGGACGCCAGUUUGGAAGACAAGCUCAGCCUGAAGCCGAGCCGCAAGCGGCUGGUGCUGAGACCCAAGAAGGAUGGAAACGACAGUCUCAAUAGAUCCAUAGAGGAACCGUCGCGGCCGCAAGAGAACGGCGGCAAACAAGCGGAGCCGGUGUCCGGAGACGGGGUCGAACACGGCGCGUCGCAUAUACGUGAAAUAGAGAGGGAGAUUGAGAGGGAGAGGGAAGAAAGAGACGGGAGGAGAUCCGGCGAGCAGAAGCAAUACGAGGAACUCAAUGCUGAGAAACAGAACAGCUGGCCAUCCAGAGGUUCGUGGGACAACCAGGAAAAGGCGAUCGACGGUGAAGCCACGCCGCGGCUGUAUCCCAACUUGGACAAGGAAUUGCCAGCGCAGAUUUCGGAGAGGAGAGCCAGUUGGCUAACCACGAAACCGCUGCGGAAGCCGCUGGUCUCGAACCCGGACCUGGUGGAGAACUCGGUGCGGGAGCUCGGCGUGCGCACGGACAGGUCCGCGCCGUCCAACGAUAAGGAGAACAUAGACAGCUUUUAUGUGUCAGAGGAGGAGAACGCGUCCGCCCGCGAGGCGCCCCCCCACCCGGCGGGGGUCAAACUGACCCGUCCGGGGUACUACACCAUACCCAGCUUGGAGGAAAUUACGAAUUACCUGCGGGCGGACGGCACGUGCGUCGUGCCGCACCUGACGAUCGGGCGGCGCAACUACGGCAACGUGUACUACAACUGCGAGAUCGACGUCGCCGGCAUGGACCUCGACGCUUUGGUGCAUUUCCUCAACAAGGAGGUGAUCAUCUACCCGGAGGACAGCGAGCGGCCGCCCGUCGGCGAGGGGCUGAACAGGCGCGCCAUCGUCACGCUGGACCGGGUCUGGCCCCGGGACAAGACCGAGAAGCGGCCCGUCACCGAGCCGGAGAGACUGUUGAAAAUGGACUUCGAGGGCAAACUGCGGCGCGUGUGCGACAAACACGACACGCAGUUCAUCGAGUAUCGGCCGCAGACCGGCAGCUGGGUGUUUAAAGUGGAGCACUUCAGCAAGUACGGGCUGACGGAGUCCGAUGAGGAGGACGACAUCACCCCGGAUGUGAUGAAGCGGCAGCUCGUCACACAGACGCUGCAGAAGGCCGCUGCCGUUGCCCCAAAGGCCCCGAGCGGGGCGCUGCCGGGCCGGUCCCCGCUGGGCCCCGCUACGGGGCUCGGCGGGCUCGCCUCGCUGGGCGGCGAAGAUGUAUUCCUCCAGACAUCACUCAAUCUGAUGAACGGAUCGAAAGGUUUCGAGAUGGACACCACUGAAGACAACACGGAAGCGCCUAGCUUAUACCAAGAGAGUAGGGCGUUCGGUGUGAAGAGUCCCACGUCGGAGUUGGCGCGCUUGGAGCAUCGGCAGAGUCACAACGUCCAGCUGAUGAAAGCGUCUCUGUAUGCCGACACCGAAAUGGACGACGACGCGUCCAUAUCGACGGGCGAUCAGCUCGUUCCACACGCGACGAGCGUCAUCAUGACUGCGCCAACUCCCUCGAUAUCCCACAAGGAAGUGACGGAGGAGGUCCCGAUCCUGGUUGACGAGCCUGUAAUGCGGCCGCUCAUAGUGCACCCGCACACUGUUAUAUUGGAGUACAACAGGAAGGUGCCGCCUUUUAAGAAGACUAUAGCAGGGCGGCUGGGCGGCGGCUGCCUGGCGGACAUGUCGGUGUGGCGGGCGCGGCACACGCGCGCGCGCUUCGGCCCGCGCAACCAGCUGGUGCUCGUGACGACGGCGCGCGUCGCCGCCGCCAUGCCCAGAGACGCGGCCAUGUGCGAGCUGGACCGCUACGCAACCUUUUUCUUCCUCCUGAGCGCCUGGCUCGGCUCCCCGUCGCCGGAGAGUGUGGUCGGCGUCGCCGAGCAGCUGGAGGGCUACGGGCUGUGGCACUUGGCUAUACAGGCGCUGCUGUACCACCCAAACGACGGCGUCCGCGCGCACCUGGUCCGCGCGGUGCUGUCCCGGCACGCGCCGGCGCAGGCCGACACGCCGGAGCUGGAGGCGCGGCUGGCGCUGCUGCGGCGGCUCGGCGUGCCCGAGCGCUGGCUGCUGACUGCGCAGGCGCACCGCGCUAAGUACGAGAACCGUUGGCAGGUGGAGGCGGAGCGGCUGGCGGCGGCGGGCGCGCACGGCGACGCGCACGCCGUGCUGCUCGACCACCUGCUGCCCGACGCCGUGCUCUCCGACAACGUGAAGAGCGUCCAGCCGCUGGUGGAGAAACUGCACGAGGCUGCGCAGGCGCACCAGCUCAGCGGCUGGGAGCGGGGCGGCGAGGCGCUGUACCACUACAUCCGCGUGUGCGACCAGGAUAACGCAACAUGUAAAUUAGCGUCAAGGUACGAGUUUUAA